AUGGUAACAGGCUCGUUAGUUAUAUGCGUUCUCAUCAAGUCAAAGCAACAUGCCAAACUAAUAAUCAAUAACACUCCAGAAGCUAAGGCUGAUGUGAAAGAACAGGUCGUCAAAAAACCUGAAGAUAAAGCUUCGCCAUCAAACUUGGGUUUUAGCGAGAAACAAAGAAUCUAUAGCACAAUUUCAUCGGACUCUAAACUUGAUUUCGAUUUAAUUAUUUACCCCAUUAACAUGUCACCAAUAAAAAAACAAAAACUACAGGAUGUUCGCAGUUUUUUACCAUCUUGGACAAUUGAUUACGGCUUUAUUAAACAUGGAGAUAAGAGUCGUUGUGGUCUGUGUUCCGAAGUUAUUGUAUGUCGAACAUCUUCUAUUAAACGACAUUUUGAAACUAAUCACAGAGAAAUUUCUGAAAAAAAUAUUGCCGAAAGAAGAGAAUUAAUAUCACAACGAUUAAAAGAUGUUGAAAAACAAUCAAAUUUGUUUUCAAGAUUUGUGAAAACUCCUAAUAAUAUAACAGAAGCGAGUUUUGAAAUUUCUUAUUUGAUUGCUAAACACUCGAAACCAUUUUCUGACGGAACGUUUAUAAAAACACUUAUGUUAAAAGCUGCUUCCAGUUUGUUCCAAGAUUUCAAUAAUAAGGAAAAAAUUCUCCAAAGAAUACAAGAAUUACAGAUGAGUAGAAAUACUAUUAAACAAAGAAUUUUAAAAAUGAGCAUUAAUAUUUCCGAACAACUUCAAACCGAUAUUAAUAGUUGCGAUUUCUUCUCAAUUUGUUUGGAUGAAACAACUGACAUAAACUCGUCUGCCCGAUUAGCAAUUUUUGCACGUUAUUCAAAAGGGAAUGAAAUACGCGAGGAGCUGUUGAAAUUAGCAAAUAUACCGGAAAGAACAAGAGGUGCAGAUAUUUCACCUAAUAUGACUGGUCCGGCAACAGGGUUUGUUAAUUUAUUUCAAGAACAUGUCGGACAUCCGAUUAUAAGAUUUCAUUGCAUCAUUCACCAGCAAAUGCUUUGUGCAAAAGUAGGUACUAGCGAUUUAAAAGAAGUUUCAGAAAAAGUUAAUAAAAUUAUAAACUUUAUUGUUGCACGUGAUAUGCACAAAAGACAAUUUAAAAAACUUUUAAAUGAUGUCGAUUGUGGAUAUGACACUCUUUUAAUGUGCAAUAACCAACAGUUUGCACAAAGAUUUCUCGAUUUUAAAAGGAUCGAAAAUAUUUUAAAAAUUAUUAAUUACCCAGAUUUAUUUGAUAUGCAAGAUUGUGACAAUAACCUCCUUAAUUGGAUGCGAUUAGAUAAUUUAGAAAUGCAAAUUAUUGAUCUGCAAUCCAAUCCAAUUUGGGUAAAUAAAUUUGUGAAUAUGCGGAAGCUUGUUGAAGAUUUAGAAAGCCAUCGAUCCCAAAAUGUGGAAUCAGAAUGUUUCAUGGAAAGUAAAAUUUUAGAAGCUUGGAAUAGUAUGCCAGAUACCUUUUAUUCUGUCAAAAAAUUAGCAAUCUCGUUGUUAACGAUUUUCUCUUCCACUUACUCUUGCGAAAGUCUUUUUUCCGUUUUGAAUCAUGUACAUUCAAAGACUAGAAACAGAUUAACAGCGGAAGAUUCGGCAGCAUGUAUUACUCUGCAGUCAACAAUGAACAGAAUUGUCAGUAAUAAAUCUCAACUAAAUAGGAUAACUGAAAUAAUGGAGGAGAAUUUAGAUAUUGCAAGAAAUGUUUGUUCAAAAACUUGUAGCCAUAAAUUUUGGAACAAAAUUUCGAAUGAAUUAAAUGGUAUAGGACCUCCUACAAGAGAUCUCUAA